AUGGAAGACCUACAAGUCCAAGUCAGGACCGAGAAGUCCGAGACGAACAAGUCCAAGUCAGGACCGACAAGUCCGAGACCAACAAGUCCACGUCAGGACCAACAAGUAAGGACCGAGAAGACGGGACCAACAAGUCCAAGUCAGGACCGACAAGUCCGAGACCAACAAGUCCACGUCAGGACCGAGAAGUCCGAGACCAACAAGUCCACGUCAGGACUGACAAGUAAGGACCGAGAAGUCCGAGACCAACAAGUUCACAUCAGGACCGACAAGUCAGGACCGAGAAGACGGGACCAACAAGUCCAAGUCAGGACCGAGAAGUCAGAGACCAACAAGUCCACGUCAGGACCGACAAGUAAGGACCGAGAAGUCCGAGACGAACAAGUCCACGUCAGGACCAACAAGUCCGAGACCAACAAGUCCACGUCAGGACUGACAAGUCAGGACCGAGAAGACGGGACCAACAAGUCCAAGUCAGGACCGAGAAGACCGAGAAGACGGGACCAACAAGUCCAAGUCAGGACCGAGAAGUCUGAGACCAACAAGUCCACGUCAGGACCGACAAGUAAGGACCGAGAAGUCCGAGACGAACAAGUCCACGUCAGGACCGACAAGUCCGAGACGAACAAGUCCACGUCAGGACCGACAAGUCAGGACCGAGAAGACGGGACCAACAAGUCCAAGUCAGGACCGACAAGUCCGAGACCAACAAGUCCACGUCAGGACCAACAAGUAAGGACCGAGAAGACGGGACCAACAAGUCCAAGUCAGGACCGACAAGUCCGAGACCAACAAGUCCACGUCAGGACCGACAAGACCGAGACCAACAAGUCCACGUCAGGACUGACAAGUAAGGACCGAGAAGUCCGAGACCAACAAGUUCACAUCAGGACCGACAAGUCAGGACCGAGAAGACGGGACCAACAAGUUCACAUCAGGACCGACAAGUCAGGACCGAGAAGUCUGAGACCAACAAGUCCACGUCAGGACCGAGAAGUCUGA